CCCAACAUCACCCACAUGAACUCAUACACAAACAAGAGCGAGAGAGAGGAGAUAAGUGCAGAUAUACGGACUACAUUACCUCUCAGUGCGGCUCCUCUCGGACAAAAAAGGGAUCUGGCGGUUACGCACGAGAAGGAAAUCGACUUCAUCGCGCGCAAUGGAAGUCUGAUCGGUAAUACGGUAAUUGUCGACGCCUAUAACCUCGUGGGAAGCGCCUACGACGACGACAGCUACACUAUGUUCCUAAGCGACGCCGACAAUCCGAAGUACUCGAUUUUUAGCGUCGAUCUGACGGCCAAAAACGUCACCGCUAAGCCUAUACUCAAGAGAGACUCACCCUCUCAGAUCCCGAGCAUGGCGUACGACAGCCAGACGCAGACGCUCUUCUGGACGAACCAAAAGGAGAUAAUGAAGAUGCAUGUGCCGCUAAACGGAGCGCCGGGAAAGCCUCAGACUCUUCAUAAGCUGGACGACAAGAAUCCGAUUGGCAUCGCGCUCGAUGUUUGCAACAGACACAUCUACUGGGUGAACAGCAAGCAGUUAUAUUCGAGCAUAAUGCGUUCGAACUUGGACGGUAGCAACCUGACCACGAUCGUCUCGGAGAACCUGUACGACCCCACGACCAUCAUCGUGGACCACGUCAACUCGAAGCUCUACUGGAUCGACGACGAAGAGGGUAUCCAUUACAAGCUCGAGGAAAGCAACCUCGACGGAAGCGAACGGGUUACCCUAGUCCACGGCAAACACCAACAGCCGAUUCACUUAGUGGUCGAUCGCGAAAGUAUCUACUGGACGGACUUCACCUACCGAGCCGUCUGGAAAUUCAACAAAGAUACUAAGCCUGGUGACAUACCGGUUACUUUCAAGUCUUACUAUGAUAGGAAAGCGGUCUCUCCGAGGAGUAUCCUUGCGAGAGAUAACCUCGGCAAUGGCAUCGAUUGCAAAGCUAUGAAGGCCGAAGUUCUGAAGAAGAUAUCGACGACGUUGGCCGCCCCAAAACCGACUUUACAGAGCUUUAACAAUCUGACGACCAGCAGGGAGGAGAGCGACGAGGCGGAAAAAUGUUUCAACGGUGGGCUGUUCGAGAAACUCAGCGGAUCUUGUAAAUGCAAACCAGGAUACAGUGGCUCGCGUUGUGAAAUUUCCUCGUGCCAUAACUACUGUCUGAGAGGAGAGUGUUCCGUGAAUGAUAAAGGGAUACCGGUAUGUAAAUGCGGCUCAGCGUACGACGGCUUGAGGUGCGAGCACGACGUCUGCAAUGGUUAUUGUCUGAACGAUGGCCGGUGUACGGUGGAUGAUAUGGGAAAACCUAAUUGCGAGUGCAAGUACUCUAGCGGAGCCCGGUGCGAAGUCACUUUCGACAUGGCGGAGAUUUGCGGACUCUACUGUAUGAACAGGCAGUUCCAAAAGACCAGCAUCAACACGAGUUCUUGCAGGUGUGCCGAGUUGAAUCAGACAAUCGAAGAAGUCCUUGGCUACGAUACUUUUAAUUGUACGAUCCUGGUCCCAAUUCUCGCGGGUUUCGUUGGUAUGCUCACGAUCGUCGUCAUCUUCCUGAGCGUUUACAUAAGCAAGCUACGUCGUAGGCCACGCAUCAAGAAGCGUUUCCUUGUCAACAAGGGUGGCAUUACGCCACUCACCUCUAGACCCGGCGCGUCAUUGCCCGCAGAUCAAUGCGAAAUUACGAUAGAGAACUGCUGUAACAUGAAUAUCUGCGAAACACCGUGCUUUGAACCCAAAUUGCGCAACGCGACGAGCACAAGAAGCAACGGCAAGAAAAAGGAGGAGAAGAACGGCCUGCUGGACCACAUGGAAGACGGUGGCAACUCGUGCUAGCACAGACUGCUCGGCAUCGCGAGGCAACUGCUUGCCCUCGAGCAACCGACCCCUGGAGACUGCGUUUUCGCGCCCUGCACGCGUGGCCGCGACAAACCGUUGUUAAGUAUUGUUGUUAAAGUUCGGCGAAGUACUUGAGACUCGCUUGGACGUCAAUCGAUAUAUAUGUAAAAAGGAAACACUUCAGAGCUUUGAUCGAAAACCAAAGGCUUUUCGCGUCGAGGGAAAGGCGAAUUGUUGCGUUGGGUUUGGAGAUAUAGGUUUUAUUGAUGAAAAUGUUCCAAAACCGCGUGAUUGGUUUCGCAACGUAACUGCCCUUGCGUUAUCCCUCGGCGUGUUUUUUUUUUUAUAACAUCUUUGUUAUUAUCUUGUGAUUGGAUACUAUGUGUAAAACUUGUACGCAGCUACUAAAUAUUGUAAGUUAAUUCAGCCCCUGAAAGUUCUUAAGAGGCGAUACCAAUCCAAAUUUAAGGUACUUAAUAUUGGAACAGGAAAUUCUUAAUACUGUAUAUUUUAGAGUUUACUUCAUGGUGGUCAUUCGGGGGCUGAAUUUACAAGACUUUAUAGCGAAUUUCUGGCUGACUGUAUAUGUAAAAAAGAACCGAAUCGUUUUUUUGUUUCUAUAACUUUUAUUUAUCUCGUCGCGACGAGCAAGAAUUGAAGUCAGUUAUCAAAAGGAAUUUCACGAGUGAUUAAAACGGUCACUUAUGUUUCAUAGAGACGUAUUUUCCUCAACCCUCGUGGUAACGAGUUCCAUUUACUGAUUUUGUCGUAGGUACUUUAAUUUUUACCUUUUCGAGAAACUUACAAACCGAUCACCGCGUGUUCAUAUAAUAUUUAAGUCUGCCAGGACCAAAGUGACAAAGUUGCAACCACAUUCAACGGAUAACGGUUUUUCUAUGAAGAAAACAAUAACACGUAAGCUUUAAUUUAUUUCCUUGAGGUUGAGACUAAAACUUAAAAGACAGUCGGAAGUUCUCAUAUUCAAAUUCUAGUUUAAAAGUUACACGUUAAUUAUUUUAUUUUUAGAAUCAAAAAUUUCUUUCGUAAAUUCAAAAGUUACGUACAAAAUUAUAAUUUUUAAUUAUGCAGUGAUUGGUAAAUGAAUAAUCUCGAUUUUAAUAGUAUUUUUGAAAUACUUUGAGUUUUCUUUUAUGCGAAUAUUCAUGAAUUUAUCAUCGCAAAUAUCUUAUUUUGUUCAAAUCUUUCGCAGUAAGAUGUAGAACAUUUUUUAUUAUUCUAGAAAUGCAACCCAAAUUGGAAUAUCAAAUUCAAAAUUUGUCCUUUCUAGAAUUAAUUGUAGAAGCUUUUGUUUUUUAAAAACAACGUUCCUAUGCUGAAAAACGAACAAGAAAAUCUAUGGAAAUGACAUUAUUCGCAUUAUUUUGCAAAUGAAAUGUAAUGUCUUAUAUAUUUCUUUUCUUACUUAUUUAUAUUUUACUGUAAUAUAGAUCAUGACAACAUAAGCAUCCAGCAUACAUAUGCUGAACAUAUAAUGAGAAAACAUAGAACAAGUCAUUUUAGCGCGAAAAAUACCAAUGCAUCAGGUUGUAGCUUAGUGUAGUCAUGAAAAAAUUAAUUAUAAUACAGAAAAAUAACAUAUUCAAAGGCAUAAAUAUGAUAACGAUGCGUGGAAACAUAAUCCGAGUUGCAGCUGUUUACAUUCAAUACUUACAUAUGCCAUUCAACGUGGCCUUGAAACUAAUCAUUAUCUCAAACAACUAUUGCUGUUAUAAUGACAACAAUGUUUGGAAAUGCUUGAGUUUCUUUAUGUAAGAAAAUUUCAGAAAACUAAAUUCAUUUGAUUUCAAGAUUCGAUUAUGAUUUCGAUAUAAUAGAAAAUAUUAUAACAUGAAAUUUCAUACUACUACGUGGAUUAAAUUUUUCAUAUGAUAUAUACUGCAGUUUGUGCUCUUCCUUGAAAAGUACGAACAUUCGUUUGAAUAACAUGAAUAUGAAUUUUUAGGGUGCUAAUUAUAUUAGAUAUGUGUAUCCUUCAGUUAGUGUAAAUAAUGAUGAAUAACUGACUUCAUUCGUUUCUUGCUGGAGUCACAUGUACUCGUGAGGUGAUACGCGUUUUUCUUGAAGAAAAAUCUAUUUCUACGCCAAUCUGCGUCACUGCUACUUAUGCCAAUAGAACUUAUUGACAGGAUCCACUAUCAAAACUGUUGCGAUAGACCAAUUCGUCUAACUUUACAUAAACGCGGUGCAUUACUUCACUUAUUAAAACUAUGCACAAGACUUAAACUCCUCCAGUGACAAUUUUUAUGAAUGUCAUUCGUAAUUGCUUUGUUUCACCAGUUUUGCUCGUGGCUCCUUUUCAUUAGGAAAUAAGCACCUUAACUUAAGAAUCACGUCGGAAAAUAGCCUUCUCCCAGACACUCAUCCACAGAGUUGUGAUAGUGGAUUUAUGGUGAAAGGGAUAUGUUCCUUAUUUAGUAAUAAUGUUUUUUGUUAUGCAAGAAGCUAUCAAUUUCAUUUAUUGCAAUCACUUUUUUAUAAACGAAAAUCUUUCAAACGCAUCGCCAGAACAAAACUAUCAUCCUCAAAUAAUUGAUUGAUUGCUUUUUGCGUAACGAAAUAAUAAAGACAUUGUCACUAUUGUAAAUAUAAUAAAAUUAUAAAUACUUAAUAAAAUGGCCUUUAUCUUCUAAA